GUCUUUGCUACGUGCAGCGCAGCAGAGACUUCUGCAGUUGAACAUCAUCGCCUUCAAUGCUUUCCUCGGUGCUUGCCAGAACUGCGUUCAAUGGCAGAGGUCCUUAGUUGCACUUGCAACUAUGGCCGGAAAUUGUGAUGUUGUGUCGUUCACUGCUGCAGUGACUGCGUGCGGAGACUCCUCGGCAUGGCGUCAUGCUGCCGGUUUGAUGGCGGAUGUGGAAGCGCAGGAUCUACAUCCUGACUUCUCGCUGCUUAGUGCAUCCAUGUCGGCUCUGACCGAAGGGGCCAGCACGUCUACCCAGCAAGGAGGGUGGCUGCGUGCUUUAGAGAUCCAGGGGGCCAUGCUUCUGGUGCGCCUUCGGCCGGGCCUUGGCAGCUUCAACUCGGCGCUUCGCGCCUGCCAGCGCGACAGCGCCUGGCAUGGUGGUGUUGCUGCGCUUUCUCAGAUGGGGCGCUUUCGCAUCUCCCCAGACGAGGUGGGAUGCGCAGCGGUGCUUCGUGGGUGCCAGCAGGAACAAGCCUACGCACCCCUACGCAGGCUACUGGAUGACAUCUCGUGCGGUCUGCUGGAGGAA